AUGAAGGAUUUUAAAAAGGUGAAAUCAAGGGUAGGAAAAUCGCAAUUCAGGAAGUACGGUAGCAAAGAUGAAAAGUUGUUGGCCAAUGUAGGCCAGUUGAAGAAGACCGUAAAACUAUCGCAACAAUCCAUAGCUGCUGAUAAGGGAUGUUUAAACGUAACCUCCAGAAGGUUAACUUUGGCGGAGCUAAUAGGGAAGUCUAGGCAUAACUCUGAAAAUGUGCGUAAUCACGCAUUGAUGGGCAUAGUAGAGUUUGUAAGAAGGUAUGUAGACGAAGGCAGACUUAACUUGUGCUUAAUAAUACAAGUGACCGCCUCCAAUCUGAUACACGAAUCUACCAGUGUGAGAACCCGUGCAAAGAAUCUGUUAAUGUCAAUCAUUUCAACGUAUCUUUCGGAUGAAAGCAUAUACGACAACAAGUGUAUUGAAUACCUCUACUUGUAUCUGAUCAAGGGUCUAUUAUCUACCAAUGGUCCCGUAAGAGAGGAUACACUCAUGAUAAUUAGUCUAGUAGUUGAUAAAACACCGUGGAUUCUCUCGAAUUAUUGUGACAAACUAUUGGAUAAAAUUAUAUCUAAUGCCCCAAAAUCGCCAUCUUUUAAACAUAUAAACUGUGUAACUUUACUCUUUAAAACUCUUGAAGACGCAGAUUUAGAUCUUCAAAAUCGCAUUGUGGAAUACGUAAUAAAUAGUCUUUUGUCAUUGCUAUCACGUGAUGAUCCCAUUAGUUUUAAAAGUGCAACAAAAUCCGAAAAGAAUGGAAUAAGGGAUAAAAAAAAUGCACCUGGAACCCCGAACGAAGUAGAGUGCCUGUCUAUGACCUCAAUGGUUGUAAAGUUGCUAAAACUAUUGUUAAAUAGUAUUAAACUGGUUAGACCUAAUGAUAGGCGUGUAGUUGACAUUCUUCUUGGAAUAGAUAUAUAUGAAUAUGAAAAUUUGACUCCAAAGGGGAAAGAAACAUUCGAAACUCUCUACUACGAAUUUACCUUUAUAAAGUCGGAAAUAGCAAUUAAACUAUUAAAAACUUAUACUGGACAUGGUGUUGCACUAUUAGCUCCAUUUUUUCUGUUGGAAAGUAUGAAAAACAAAUUUUCUGAUAAACACCAUGAUAGGGUUGCACAGGUACUUAUGAUUGCCGUAUCAGUUGAUUCCCAAAAACUUUCAGAAAUUCAAGAUGCUGAAAUGAAGGUUGAAUGGAUAACUCACAUUCUUACUAUUCUUUCCAAUUCAAAUUUGGAGGUGACAACCAUUAAAAAUUGGCUAAAAUCGAGUGUGGUCUACAGUAGGAUUAAGAAUAAUCAGUUUGAUGCACUUGGUUCGAUUUCUGUUCGUUCUCAGACAAAGGAGAGUCCUACCAACCCUGAAAUAGUAGAUCUUCCCAAAGUUUACAAGAGCAUAAUUGAAAGCUUGUUAGCAGUAAUUUCAAAGUCCCCUAGCAUAUGGCCGUUGCUAGGACUGGUAAAAGGUUUAUCACCUCUGGUAUUUUCAGAGGUUUUUCCAAAAAAUCACGGAUCUGGUCACUGGGAAUAUUUGAAUAAUCUCUCCAUGGACAUAAGUGUGGCUACAGACUGGAAUGUAGAUUUUGAUUCAAUUAUAUGUGAAUUCAUCGAAGCUACCAAUGGUGAAUUAUUAACUGUGUUUUUAAAACUAAUAUUAUACAUUUCUAGAAGAACAGGAACUUGUAAAAAUUUUCUGGAUAAGUUACAUGACAAAGUACAAGUUUUUAGCGAUGACCAACAUCGCAUUUUUUCGAGGAUAGCAAUGAACAUUGAGUCUUCCGAACACAACAUAACUGUUCUUGUUGAAAUUUUGGGUAAAUUAGUCCAUAAUGAGAAUAUUUCACACGAAUACGUCUCUGUGAUUUUGUUUCACAUUUUCAACACCAAGUUGCCGAGUAAAAUCGACAAGGAUGGAAGAAUAAAGGCAAAUAGCGAAUUAGAUGUAACAAUGCAGCAUGUAGAUUACACACUAAAAAUCUACGAUGAUAUGUUGAAGAAUUGCAGAUGUACGAGAGUCUUCCUGGAACUUAUGGUCAAGAUGUUAAUCGAUAGGUACCUGCUUGCAGUCUGCAGGCUCCAAAACUCAUGCACACAUACACUAGUAGAGGCCUUGGACAUGAUCAUGAAUGGAUCAUUUUUGCAGCUCUGCAACAACUUGACUGAAACGCAUAAAAGUACAACUCUGGAUGUACUCAAUGCCGUGAUUCCAGAGUAUCUAGGCAAAGAUUCUAUACCACAGUGGAUCACAACGAACGGUGAUUCUAUAUAA